AUGGCGCUGGAUGAUGUAUCCCCUUCCACGCCGACCGUUGCACAACUCAUGGUUGCAUCUCCGCUCCGCAUUAUCCUACACAGUCGACCCAAUAUCCGUAGGCAAUCGGAAAACAAGCUGAAAGAGACGUGUCUGAAUAUUGUCAAUAAUUUCUUUGACGAUAAAGCCGCUCGGAAUGUUCAUCGCGAGAAUACCUAUGUCCACUUUCCCUCCUUAGGGAGUGACUGGAAAAGCCAGGUGAUCAUCGACUAUUGUACUGGGGAUAUUCCAGAAGGCAGUUUUGUCAACAAGGUCCCACUGGUUGUUUAUAUCGUGUCCCAGAGAGAUGAUGAACUGGUGUUCGAAGAAGCGCGAACAAGUCCGUUAAUGGAGGAGAAUAUACACUCUGACACAGUCUUACUUCCAUGGAAAUCGACAGAGUUUACGAAAGUACGCCUGGACAUUAGAACGCGCAAGGAAAAUGAACUGCAUAAACGGACACAGCUGGAACAAGACACGAGGCGCCAAAUGUGGGGCAAGAGACAAGUUAGCCUUGCGGCAGAUGUUGAAGCCAAAAUCCGUCAGAAUAUUGAGGGUGAGAUGCUAGACAUCGAAACAGAAGCUCAGUCUAGUACUGCGGCAUCUCCUACCCAAUUAUCAGACCACCUUUCACUCUUUGAACUCACUAUUCGCCUUCGAGAUCGACCCGUUCGUGUCCUGUUGCAAGUUAAAAUUGAUGGCAACCCGAGCAGCAUUCGCAAACAGUCUACGAUCGCCUCGAGAAGCUUCCUUCAACUCAUGAUGCGGGAUCAGUAUCACAAGAUAAAUUUUUAUCGCUGCAUUCGAGCAUCAAAUAUGAAGGUUAACAGUGAGCUGGAGUGUUGGGCUCUGGUAGACUAUUGGAUCGGGCGCUCGACGAGAACAGAAAACCCCCCGUUUCUGACGAUGGGUUAUCGUGGCGAUAUGCGCGAUGGUCUGAUGUGA